GCAGCGGAGCGGGAGGGGGCAGAGGGAGGGAGCUUCGUCAGGAGGCGAUGCCGGCACCGCCGUGACAUCACCCCGCGGCUUAUAUAGUUGGGGAAGGGUCUGGGUCCCCCGUCUGGUGCCUGCAGCCGCCCGUCAGCACGCGUGCGGAGGGCGAGGAGCGGCGCGGCUCUGUCUGUCUCUGUCUCUCUGUCUCUCUCUCUCUCCGUCUCUCCCCAGGAUUUAUGGACUUUACUUUCUAGAGGGCGGCGCGGCAAGGAUGAGAGCCCAGCUGGUGUGCGUGGUGCUGCUGGCCCUGGCCUCCUGCAGCCUGUGCUCCGAUUCAGAAGAGGAAAUGAAAGCAUUAGAAGCAGAUUUAUUGACCAAUAUGUACACAUCAAAGAUUAACAGAGCAAAACUUCCUUACUGGAAAAUGACCCUGCUAAAUGUCUGCAAUCUUGUCAACAACAUAAACAACCAAAUGGGGGAAACAGUAGAGGUAGAUGAGGAGGAUCUGGCUCCAGGAAGACAGUUCCCUGCUGCUCUGGAUGGCUUCAGCUUGGAAGCAAUGCUGACAAUAUAUCAACUCCAGAAAGUUUGCCACAGCAGAGCCUUUCAGCAUUGGGAGUUACUUCAGCAAGAUGCUUUUGACCUAGAGAACUCAAGCCAAGAAAAGGAAAUCACAAAGAGAAAAAAUCCCUAUAUUCUGAAACGGCAGCUACAUGUGAACAAAGCUAGAAGACCAUACAUACUCAAGAGAAGUUCAUAUUACUGAUGCAGCAGAAGAAAACAAUGUAUAUUUAGUUUAUAGGUAACUGUGCGUUAUGGUUAUCUUAUCUAAAUCUAAAAUCAUACUCGUGUGAAAAUAUACUCUGGAAAAUCAAGAUGAUAACAUAGCUGUGUCUUUUUUGCAAUUGCUGUUUCUUGAUUGUGAAUUUUUCCUACUUGAGAUUAAUUGGACUAAUACAUUUGCGAAUAAAACUAGUUUUUAAGCAUGAUGUAUUGUACAAAACUGAGAUUUCAACAUGCUUUCAAACAAUCUUGUAGUCUUUUAUAAAGCACACCAACAUAACACCAAGUAAAUUGAUAUUAUC